AUGAUUCUGGCUGGCUGUCCAACUUUGGAACUGACUGUUCUUGGGCAUUUUAAAAAUGACUCUGGACCAGAACAGGCCUGUGCUUUGGACAGCUACAUUGCAGCAGUGUAUGAGCACUCAGUUAUAUUGUCAGAGGACACCAAAAUACCUGUUUCUCCUGAAGAUGCUUUGAUGCUGAUGAACAAAAAUAUGGAUGUUUUGGAAGGGGCCAUCAAAGCAGCAGCCCUGCAGGGUGCACGUAUUAUUGUGACUCCUGAAGAUGGUAUUUAUGGCUGGGUUUUCACAAGAGAAACCAUUUACCCCUACCUUGAGGACAUCCCAGAUCCACAGGUGAACUGGAUUCCAUGUACUGACCCUGACAGAUUUGCUCCUGCACCAGUGCAGGAAAGACUCAGCUGCAUGGCAAGGAGCAAUGCGAUCUAUGUGGUUGCCAAUAUUGGGGACAAGAAGCCAUGUAAUUCCAGUGAUCCCAAGUGCCCCAGCGAUGGUCACUAUCAGUAUAAUACUGACGUUGUCUUUGAUUCAGAAGGGAAAUUGGUGGCACGCUACCAUAAGUACAACCUCUUUGUGACAGAAACUCAUCAGUUUGAUUACCCUAAGGAGCCAGAGUUUGUCACUUUCAAUACAUCCUUUGGAAAGUUUGGCAUUUUCACUUGUGCGGACAUACUUUUCCAUGAUCCUGCUGUGGUCCUGGUGAGCAAGUUACAAGUGGAUACUGUGCUGUUCCCAACAGCUUGGAUGAAUACUCUACCACUUUUGUCUGCUAGUCAGUUCCACUCUGCAUGGGCUAUGGGAAUGGGCGUCAAUUUUCUUUCAGCGAAUACACGCAACUCCAGUUUAGAUAUGACAGGGAGUGGCAUCUAUGCACCAAAUGGACCCAGGGCAUUUCAUUACAAUACAGAAACAGAGAACGGUCACCUCCUGGUUGCAGAGCUGAGUUCACACCCUCGUCUUUCUCCCACUUACCCUAUUGCUGUCAACUGGAGCUCGUAUGCCACAAGCAUCAAACGAUUCUCACCAGAUGACCGUAAUUUUAGCGGAGUCAUUUACUGUGAUAAGUUCACCUUCACUGAACUCACUAAGCCUGAAGGAAAUCAUACAGUUUGCCAGAAAGACCUUUGCUGUCAUUUGAGCUACAGGAUGGUGGAGAAGCAAGAAGAUGAAGUAUAUGUGCUAGGUGCUUUUGAUGGCCUUCAUGUUGUUGAAGGAGAAUACUAUUUGCAGAUAUGCACACUACUGAAGUGUAAAAGCACAGACUUGAAAACUUGUGGGCAGCCAGUGGCCACUGCUCACACCAGCUUUGACACAUUCUCUCUCAGUGGCACAUUUGGCACUAGCUACAUCUUUCCAGAAGUCUUGCUCACUGGGGUUCAACUGGCGCCUGGUGAAUUUCAGGUAUUAAGUGAUGGACGUCUGAUAAACCAGAAUGGCACUUCUAAACCAGUCCUGUCAGUGACACUCUUUGGAAGGUGGUAUGAAAAGGACCCCCCACACCCACAACAGGCUUUCCCAUGA